CUGCAGUUGCCGUAGUCCCAGAGAGUAAACAGGAAGUAGAAUUCAAUGGUCGGGUGAAAAACACCGAGGACUCAGAAGGGAUUCACUCCCGCGUGUCCCCAGAACCAUGGCCGAAUACUCCUAUGUGAAGUCCACCAAACUCGUGCUCAAGGGAACCAAGGCUAAGAGUAAGAAGAAAAAGAGCAAAGAGAAGAAGAGAAAAAGAGAAGAGGAUGAAGAAACUCAGCUUGAUAUUGUUGGAAUCUGGUGGACAGUAACAAACUUUGGUGAAAUUUCAGGAACCAUAGCAAUUGAAAUGGAUAAAGGAACCUAUAUACACGCACUUGACAAUGGACUUUUUACACUGGGAGCUCCACAUAAAGAAGUUGAUGAGGGCCCUAGUCCUCCAGAGCAGUUUACAGCUGUCAAAUUGUCUGAUUCCAGAAUUGCCCUGAAAUCUGGCUAUGGAAAAUACCUUGGUAUUAAUUCAGAUGGACUUGUUGUGGGGCGUUCGGAUGCAAUUGGACCAAGAGAACAAUGGGAACCAGUCUUUCAAGAUGGGAAAAUGGCCCUAUUGGCCUCAAAUAGCUGUUUUAUUAGAUGCAACGAAGCAGGUGAUAUAGAAGCGAAAAGUAAAACAGCAGGAGAAGAAGAGAUGAUAAAGAUUAGAUCCUGUGCUGAAAGAGAAACUAAGAAAAAAGAUGAUAUUCCAGAAGAAGACAAAGGAAAUGUUAAACAGUGUGAAAUCAAUUAUGUAAAGAAAUUUCAGAGCUUCCAAGACCACAAACUUAAAAUUAGUAAAGAAGACAGUAAAAUUCUCAAAAAGGCCCGGAAGGAUGGAUUUUUACAUGAAACACUUCUGGACAGGAGAGCCAAAUUGAAGGCUGAUAGAUACUGCAAAUGACCAGAAUUUUUGUUUCUGUCUCCCCCUAUUGUUUUUUUUCUGAAUAAAAUAAUCAAUGGAAGUGUUUUUA